UGACUGAUAUCAGUAAUUUUGUAAGUGCAUUUUGUCUUAGUGGUUGCAGACGCGGAAUGCGACGUCUCAAGUGAUACGAAGACGUGAUUGCAAACACCGCUAGAAAAAGGGGCCGGCGAUUCCGCUGAAUCUAUAUAUAUUAAAUGACAUGCGGAGGUAAUCGAUAGAGGCAAUGGGUACGACGCCGAGUCGCUAUGAAGAUCUCUCCAAAAAUGUGCACCUGGAAAAAUUCUGUGGGAAGCAGAGUAUACCUGCGAAUGAUCCAUUCUGGGAAACAUUUCUAUCAUACAAUAUGCGACCACCCAUUACAAGAAACGAUCAAAUAGAACUCGACUCUCGAUUAGACUUAUCGUGUCAACAGUUGCUUGUCAAUAAUUUGACUACAGGCAACUUUGGUACUCUGAUACAAGUAGCUCUCUCAUUCAUUAAUGAGCUCCUUGCACCUAUUCAAAAUGUAAUAUCAGCAUGGCAGACAUACAAUUCUUUGUUUGCUGUGAGAUGCAUUUUGAAGUAUCUUAUUGAGACAGUGGGUGAGGAAGAAAUGCUGAAACACAUUGAGGCACCGCAAACAACAGCGACAAAUGAAGCAUUAUCUUCUUUUAGAUUGGAAGAAUUCGUUGAAACAUUGAUAGAACUUAUUACAGAUGUACCUUUGUGCGACUUUACGUACCUUGUUCACUUGGAAGCAAUUAAUUGUUUACUCGUGUUGCUUUCGGUACAGUUGUUCUCACAAACUGCAGCCGAAUACAGUACUGUGUAUAGAAUAGCAAUGCACGCGCAUUCAAGUCAGCAUGCGCCUGCUGUAGUGUGCACACUGUUGCACAAUUUUAUCCAACAAGAACACGCUCCUCCGGGAUUGCUGACGCAGCAACCUGGAGGUAGUAUUGUAUUCAGUAUCGCUGCCGGACUGUGGAACGUAAUAAGAAUGGGCAUAGGCAGUGGUUCGAAAAAUAUACAGAUUGCACAUAAUGGCGCCGCUGAGGAUGAAGAAAGAAAGCGCAACACGGAAACUCCGCUCGCUAGUCAAUCUCUAUUACUUUUAUUGGUUCUGACGAAUCAUUGUACCGCUACAGAAAACCCAUAUAGAAAUGCGCUUUUCUCUUUUAUAGAUAUGCAAGAAGAUUAUACUACGUCGCAAACGAAAGCAAGCGAAACUUUCAAAUUUAAUUUAAGCAAAUUAUAUAAUACUAUUUGUAAGAUACCAAAUACAGACGAAGUCACGCUCCUCCUCUACAUGCUGUUACACAGGAACUCGAGUGUAAAGCAGGACAUAAUGAGAAGACCUGACAUACAGUUAUUGGUAACUCCAAUAUUACAAAUAUUAUAUCACGCACCAAACAAUACGUCGCAUCAUAUUUACAUGUCUCUUAUUAUCCUUCUAAUUUUAAGCGAAGAUGAAACAUUUAACAAAAGAAUACAUGAAAUUAUGCUCAAGGGUAUAACAUGGUAUACUGAAAGAUCCAUAAGUGAAAUAUCGUUAGGCGGUCUUUUAAUUCUUGUUGUAAUUCGCACGAUUCAAUAUAAUAUGUUUAAAAUGCGGGACAAAUAUCUUCAUACGAACUGUCUAGCAGCCUUGGCAAAUAUGUCUGCUCAAUUCACAUCGUUACAUCCUUACGUCAGUCAGCGAUUGCUAAGUCUAUUUGAAACUCUUGCAAAAAAGCAUGCACGGCUAGAAGCAAAGAUUAGAACACAAGCACAAGCGACUUCUGCUAAUAAUACCAAUGUUAAUGUUAAUUUAUCUGAUAACGUGACUAAUGGAAACGCAACCGGUACCAAUCAGUUCGCUAAUGCAGAUUUGAUUCAAGAUUUAACCAUACUUGAGGAAGUUCUGCGAAUGGUGCUCGAAAUUAUAAAUAGUUGUUUAACUCAUAGACUUGCGCAUAAUCCGAACUUAAUUUACACUCUUCUCUACAAGAAAGAUGUCUUUCAACCGUUUAGAAUGCAUUCUGCUUUUCAAGAUAUAGUGCAAAAUAUUGAUUCUGUAAUUAAUUUUUUCUCUUAUAAAUUGGAACAAAAAGACCAAUCGCAAAUCGGUGUUAGUCAAGUAUUAGCCACUAUACAACAAGGAACUUCAGAAUGGCCACGCGAUCGUUUAAGAAAAUUUCCUGAAUUGAAAUUUAAAUAUGUAGAAGAAGAACAACCAGAAGAAUUCUUCAUUCCUUAUGUAUGGAAUGUCGUUUGUCAAGGGGCGUUAUUACAUUGGAAUGCCGAACACAUCAAAUUGUUUUCUCCCAACAAUGGCGAGCCAACAAUCAUCGUUUGCUGAUAUUGAGAAGAGGGGUGUAUCCUACUAUAAAUAUUCAAAGCGACAAUGUAGGAUAACAUUUGAGACCAUAUGUUUAUAACAAAGUUAUAAAAAGCAGAAGUAAUAUUUCAGUUUCGAUAGUGAAGGAAAAUGGAAGUUUUAAGAACUGAAGUGAAAAGACAAGUGUAUACAACAAAGAGGAUAUAGUAUUUAUUAAUAACUAUUGCAUGAAGUAAGUCCCUUGUAAUUAGAACAUUCUUUGAUUAGACUUUUCUAUCUGGUCAUAUCACUUCUAUGUAUUAUUGUUUAAAUAUUUAUUAUAGAAUCGAGAACAAAAAUAUUUAAAUGUUACUUUCUUAUAUUUUCAUAUUACACUUUAUUUAAUAAGAUAUAAGAGAUAUAAGAGAUAUAUGUAGACGAUCUUAUAUUUUUGAAAAUUAGACUAACUUUUUUGUAGCUUUAUGUUAUUAAUAUACAUGACAUAAUAUAUAUUAUAUAUCAUUUAUAUCUUAAUGUAUAUUAUAUAAUCAAUAAUAUAUAUUAUGCCAAACUAAGUGCAAUUAUUGCACGUCGGUGGGACUGGUUAAAAUUAUUGCGAUAUUUUGCAAUAAUUUACGUUAUUACUCUAAUUUUAUGUUGUUGAAGAUACUUACUGAUAUGCAUGAAAAAAAUUACAAUUCCUUAAUAAUAUGAUUUCUGAAUGCCUGUACUUUUCAAAAUUCCUUGCAGUAUCAUCUUCCUACCAUCUUAGAACGAUUUUCUUCAAAGAAUGUAAUCUUAAAGAUAAAUACAUAUACCGUUUUAAGGUACAAAUGUAGAAACAUGUAAAAUUAUCAAGAUUUAGUGAGUUACCUCUCAUAGCCUAAUCAUCGAGAGAUAAUGCAAUAUUAUCUUAUCGCACACACAUGAGUAAUGUCGAGUUAUUAACAUGUAAUAGCAAAUUCGGGAAAUUGCCGCGGUGAGUUUAAGCAUCACGUGUGUUACCCGUUUACAUCGAGAUUAAUCUAUUAAAUACAAGUAGAAAAUUUCUAAAAACAUAAAUUUAUAUAUUAUAAUUAGAAGUUGAAAUUUCCAGUGAAAUUUGAUUUUAAUGGGCAAAACAGCUCAAACAAAGCGGAGAGCGAAAGUAACAAUACAAUUUUGUCGAUUAGAUAUCGCAUUUGCAUGUAUAUUUAUAAAUAAUUAUCAAGAUGCAAAAAGAAAUAUUGAGUUGCCACUUGUCUAAUUGAAAGCAUCGCAGCAUAAUAUUAGUUCUACAAUCGUUCGCGUUGUAUAUGUGCAAAUAAUUUUUAUUUAAUAUGUAUAUCAAAUAAAAAAAAUUCUGACAUUUAUAAACACUUGAUUUCGUUUCCUCGAAUGCUCAUUCAAUAUACACGUAGUGUAGUUACGCGGAAAUGAAAGGGUCACGGAUUAUGGGACGGAUGUGAAGGCAAUGUAGGCGAGAAUAAAAAUAAUUCAAUGUCCAUUUUUAACCGGCAGACCAUUCCAAAAUCCCAUAUCGCACAAGUGUAAGAAUAAUCUAUUAAAAAUAUUCAAGAUAUAUUUGAUCUCGUUAAAAUGUAAAUCGUCAUUCUCAAAUCCGCGACGAAACUUGUGAACUACGGUGUCCUGCCGGUUACACAAUGGUCAAUUCGCACGUCGAAUGUACAUCUUUAUUAAACAAAUACAGUUGACGUCUUAAUGUUAUUUAUAAUGUCGUUAUAGAUAGUAUUUCAUUUUUCCUAGCCUGUGCAGCGUGUAUAUGCGGCCGCGCGUGAUCUUGUGUCGUGUACAUGUGUAUAGUUAUGCUAUUGCUAAUACUCCAUUUUUUGUCUCUUGAACGAUCUUUCAGUUUGCAGAGUUAACAAGGUAAUUUGACGUUUCUGUGCGUCGCGGUGCAGACGCGCCGAGUAACUCAGUGUGUCACAUUAAAAUUAAAGACUCGUUUAAGUCAUAAACAUUGCCUUUAGCCAUACGUCACGUUACGGCUUGAAAUGUGUGUGCUUAGCAUACAGAUAGUAUUUUUUUUAUUUAUUUAUCCAUAAUAAUUAAAUUCCUUAACUGUACUAUAUUACUUAAUCUUAUUAGUUAACACACAAUCAAUCUGCGAUGGGAGGGAAUUUAGUCGGCACGUAAUGAUAUUCCAUUACUGCCUAGCUAAUCAGUAAUUGAUUAUUUCACUCAUUACACCGUCGCCGUGCAAUUUAUCGUUUACUUUUUAUUGUUAACGUUUGUAACGUUAUUACGCGCCAUUUCUUUGUGUUCUCUCCUUUUUUUUUCUUUAGAGCGUCGUUAUAUAACGAGAAAUAAUAACGAAGUUCUGGAG